AUGUACCAUCCAACAAUUCAUAGUGAUAGUGAAGAGGAACUCAAUAUUAUUAGAUCCUCCUCAGAUGAAAGUGAUACAGAAGGUAUCAAAAUUAAAAAAAGAAAACUUUCAAAGAAUAAUGACUUUAAUUCUGGCUUUAGUUUUAAUGUAGAAGAUAAAAGAGUUAUGAAAGAUGAUUUGGAUGGGUUAAAAAAAUAUUUAAGAAAUAGUAGAAUAUCAACACUUCAAGAAAAAAUAGAAAAAGAAAGAUUAAAAAAUAAAAAAUCUGAAUUACAAUUAGCCAAAGAUUUAAGUGAAUAUAAGGAGGAUGAAAAUGAUUUGGUACAAGAAAUGGAUGAUAUUUUAGAUAAAGUUAAAGUUAAGGAAGUUAAGAAAAAAAAGAAAAAUACUAGUAACAAUUUCUUUGAUGAAAGUGCACAAAAAAAAUUAAUAGACAAUGAGUGUCAAAGUAUUACUUCAUUUCAUGAUAUGGAUUUAUCAAAACCUUUACAAAAAGCUGUAAAUAACCUUGGUUUUAUUGAACCUACACCUAUUCAAGGAGCUUGUAUUCCUGUAGCAUUAUCUGGUAAAGAUAUUUGUGCUUGUUCUUCAACUGGUACUGGUAAGACAGCAGCAUUUAUGUUGCCUAUUUUAGAACGAUUAUUAUUUAAACCAAUAACAAAAGAAAAUUAUAUUCGUGUUUUGGUUUUAUGUCCAACAAGAGAACUUGCUAUACAAGUCUAUCAAGUUACAAGAAAACUUGGGGAAUUUUCAAAAGUUAAUAUUUGUUUGCUCGCAGGUUAG